AAGCAGAACAAUGGAUUUCUCUUUCUCUUUCAUGCAAGGGAUCAUGGGAAACACAAUUCAGCAACCACCUCAACUCAUUGACUCCGCCAACAUCCGCCAGGAGGAUGCCUUUGAUAACAGCAGUGACAUUGCUGAAGAUGGUGGCCAAACACCCUUCGAAGCUACUUUGCAACAAGGUUUUCAGUAUCCACCCACAACAGAAGACCUUCCUCCACUCACAAAUGGCUACCCACCAUCGAUCGGCUUGUAUGAAACCCAGACCAAAUACCCGCCAUAUAACCAGUACCCCAAUGGGUCAGCCAACGGCUUUGGUGCAGUUAGAAACUUUAGCCCUACUGACUAUUACCAUUCAGAAAUUCCAAACACAAGACCACAUGAAAGUCUGGAAAAACCUUCUCCUCCACAGCCACCACCUCCUCCUCCUUCGGUACCACAAACUGUAAUUCCAAAGAAGACGGGCUCACCUGAGAUUAAACUAAAAAUAACCAAAACUAUCCAGAAUGGCAGGGAGUUGUUCGAGUCCUCCCUUUGUGGGGACCUUUUAAAUGAAGUCCAGGCAAGUGAGCACACGAAGUCAAAGCACGGGAGCAGGAAGGAGAAGAGGAAAAAGAGCAGCAGGCACGAGGCGCCCGGACCCGAAGAGCGCCGGCCACACAAGACCCCCAAGUUAGAGCCAGAGGCAGAGAGUAGACCAAAUGAGAGGGUGGACACCGCACCAGAAAAACCAAGAGAAGAGCCAGUGAUCAAAGAAGCCGUCCCGGUUCAGCCAAUACUGUCUUCUGUUCCAACAACAGAAGCGUCCACCGGUGUUAAGUUCCAGGUUGGUGAUCUUGUUUGGUCCAAGGUGGGAACCUAUCCUUGGUGGCCUUGUAUGGUUUCAAGUGACCCCCAGCUUGAGGUCCAUACCAAAAUUAACACAAGAGGUGCCCGGGAAUAUCAUGUCCAAUUUUUUAGCAACCAGCCAGAGAGGGCAUGGGUUCAUGAGAAACAGGUACGGGAGUAUAAAGGUCUCGAACAGUAUGAAGAGUUACUAGCCGAGGCAACCAAACAAGCCAGCAAUCACUCUGAAAAACAAAAGAUUCGGAAACCCCAGCCUCAGAGAGAACGCGCCCAGUGGGACAUUGGCAUUGCGCAUGUGGAGAAGGCUUUGAAGAUGACUCGGGAAGAGAGAGUGGAACAGUACACUUUCAUCUACAUUGACAAGCAGCCAGAAGAGGCUUCAUCCCAAGCAAAGAAGAACGUUACCUCCAAGACCGAAGUUAAGAAACCUCGAAGACCAAGAUCUGUGCUCAAUAGUCAGCCAGAACAGACCAAUGCUGGGGAGGGGGGGGUGGCCUCCUCACAGUCAAGUACUGAUCUUCGGAGACAGAGCCAGAGGCGGCACACAAGUGUGGAAGAGGAAGAGCCCCCUCCUGUUAAAAUAGCCUGGAAAACAGCGGCCGCGAGGAAGUCCUUACCGGCCUCCAUCACAAUGCACAAAGGGAGCCUAGAUUUGCAGAAGUGUAAUAUGUCUCCAGUUGUGAAAAUUGAACAAGUGUUUGCUCUUCAGAACGCGACAGGAGAUGGGAAGUUCAUUGAUCAGUUUGUUUAUUCAACGAAGGGAAUUGGUAACAAAACAGAAAUAAGUGUCAGGGGGCAAGACAGGCUUAUAAUCUCCUCACCGAGUCAGAGAAAUGAGAAGCCAACUCAGAACACGUCAUCUCCCGAGGCAACAUCUGGCUCUGCAGGCCCCGGAGAGAAGAAGCAGCAGAGGAGGUCCAUCAGGACUCGAUCUGAGUCAGAGAAAUCCGCCGAGGUUGUGCCAAAGAAGAAGACCAAGAAGGAGCAGGUUGAAACAGGUCCCCAGGCUUCCCUGAAGACUGGAUUACAGAAAGGGUCGGCGGCGGACCGAGGAGUGCAGGGCUCUGUCAGAUUCAGUGACAGCUCCAUCUCCGCAGCGAAUGAGGAAACUGUGGACUGUACAAUUUCAUCCCAGAAACUCCAGACUUGGAGUCGCCGUGCAAGAUUUCUUUGUCGGCAGCUCAAUAAAGUUUCUUUCGUUUUGAUUUUGAUUUUGCCAAUCAUCAUUAUUGGCAUCCUCUGGCCUGGUUUCUUCAAGACUCUGAACAAUUGCUUUAACAUUCAGAUGAUUUCUCUCUCUUUUUAUUUUUUUGUCUGA